GGCCCAUUCUGCCGCUGUUAGGAAAAGGCUACAUGAGUCAUCCGUGAUGUUCAGCUUGUCUGGAGUCCUGGUUGUUCUGACAACUGGUGUACUAAUCUUCUGUUUUAUUGAUCCAGGCAGAUCACAUAGUCCUUCAAUCUCAUACAAUCCCUCAUCCAACACGGUCACGAACUACGACCAAUAUCAAACCCUGGAAACUUGGACAUGUGUUCUUUCAGUCAAGGCAAGCUCACUCAACAUAUUGCGCCAACAAUGCCGCCAGGCACGUGCUGCACGGUUCUUACUUAUUCCCAACAUUGCUGUGACUGCAUUGCUGGCAUGUUGUCUGGCCUGGCGUCAGCGUGUUUUCAACCUUCAUCAGGACGACGUUCCUGAUAAGGUUGAGAUAGAUGCAUUGGAGAAGCGAACAGGCUUUGUAACGCGCCCGUCGGAGCAGACAAUCGUGGAAUUAGAUACCGGCUCAGCCAAAGAAGUCGCCGGUGGCCAAAUUACUGAAUUACCACAGGCGGCGGCGGAGCUCCCUGGUCCAAAAAUGACAUAUAAUGGCGCCGAAUACUUCGCUGGCACAGCAAUCCCAUCGGCGACAGUGCAUUCGGGAUGGCCGCUAGACCGAGUCAUACUGUGGCUCUCAGUAAACAACUUCUCGAUUGAGUGGCAAGAGCUAUUCCGGUACUUAAACCUCGACGAAGGUCUGUUUCUAGACCUCGGACGUGACGAUGCCAACAAGAAAGAUGCCAAUGCCAUGUAUCACAAGAUCCUUCCUCAACUGGCCCAACAGUAUAGAAAGAGUGGCGUGCGGUGGGACAGACAGAAAGCAAGAGAUGAGAGUAGAAGAUUGCAAAGGUUGAUACGGAGUAUCCUCGAAGACUGAAGCCUAUAUUUUGCAACACGAUCUUUUACCACCUGGAUGUCGUCUCGAUGGUUUGCUGAGGAGUUACAUUCUUGGUGAAUACUAAUGAUGCCUUCGCUACGCAGCGGGUGUGCACAUAACGAUGAACACCUGGCUUUGCGAGCACAUUGGGCAUGCUCAACUCCAUUACGUGAACUUUUCGCGCGGAGACUUCACCAUACUUGAGCUUCGCACACAAAGGCCUCUAUGUUACGGACAUCGUUAGCAACGCAGCUGUAAUACACAAUGCGAUGUUUAACGUUUUCGAGGCUAU